AGUAGUCACGUGAUCAAAGAUUGUGAUCGCUCGCUGAGUUCCUGGAAUAAACAAAACAAAUAACAGCUGACCAGCGGAUGGGGCUACCACCCCAUGUCACUUACUUGACAUCUUAUUUCGAUCAUUUGAGCGACAAUAUGGAAAACGUAGAGCCGCUGGUGAAUAAAUUACUGAGGAGAAAGACAGCGUAACAAGCUAAGAGCUAUGCGUUAGCUUAGCUUAGUAUUGAUAGAGCGUCUUCAGUUGUGUAGCUAAGUAGAGUUUCAUCAGAAAUUAAAUCACAAGCUGGUUUUGUUUUCCUAAAAUGUAUUCUCUGGAUAUUAUGCCUACGCUAAGAGACAUGCCAGUUGUUGCCUUGCUAUCCUUCUCCAGUGACUUUUCUCAACGGGCCAUACCGGAGUGUUUUGUUUACAAUCCGUGACAGUUUACGUUUGAGGACUGUUCGUUUUCAGCUGAUCAGCGUCGUUUCCGCCAGGAGACACCUCAGUCACCUGUUUGUCAAUGUGAUCUGAGUUGUGGAAAAAGCUGGUGUGAGCAGACAAGAUAAGAUGGAGGCUGUAAGACCAAAGAAGACCAAGGCAAAAACCAGCGGAAAAUCACAGCUGGUCGGGAAGCAAAAGCAGGCAGAGGACGACAAAAGAGCCACAGCUCCCUCCGCUGUCUGUGAUGAGUCCUCCACCUCUGGCUUCACUGACAUCCCCCUCAGUCUUCAGGAUCAGGAAGCAGAGGAGGAGCAGCAGGACCCUGUUCAGCCCCCUGAGACCACAGCACAGUCAUCAGAUCUGCCCUCUGAGAAACAGCAGACCUCCUCAUCACAUACUUUAUCCACAUCAGUGUCAACUAAGACUUUACAGUCAACUCUGACAUCACAGGAUACAGUGCAUCUGACAGGGGAGGGUGGUGGAGCAGCAGCUCAGGAGGCUGAGUUUAAAGUUGCAGCACAGACCAAUGAGUUGGUAAAAGACACACAGUCAUGGAAUCAGCCAUGUGUUUCAACUCAGUUUCAGAUCCCACAUGCCCCGAGUGUCCCUGCACUGUACCCGUCUCUCCCAGCACUGGAGGAGAGUCCUGUGAUACAGCUCUGUGAGGAAGCUGUGAAAAAUAGGGAAAAGGGACCUGCAGUGUUGGCACUUCCUGAGCAGGAAUCUUCCCCUCUAAGUUUGCAGCCUCUGGAUUCUGUAGCUGAACUUUCGAGGAGCAAACUCUACCCAGAAUUAUCUAAAACAGCUCCAGAAAUUCAGCCGUUCUCACUGGAGCAGCUGAGUGUCUGGGAGCCAGGCGGAGGUUUGCGAGCUUGGUUAGAGGGUGUUGAAGUGUGUGCAGCCCAGUUCUGUACUCUCGCCCGGCAGGAGAACCACGAACUGACCGAACUGCUGCAGAACUACUGGCGCUGUCGUAGACAGCUGACACAGUCACACACACAGCUACAUACACAGUCGUCUGACUGCAAGAGCACACAGAAUCGUCUCUGGAGCUUCAGAGAUGAACAGCUUACACUUCAGGGUGUGUGUGCAGAUCAGUCUAAGGUGUGUGGGUACCACCGCUUCCAGCAGGCAGAGUUCAGUCAGAGUGUGCUGGCUGAGCUGAGGAGACUGUUUGAAGCUCGUAGUGAGCUGCUCCAUCAGAAGGUGGCAUUACAUGCGUAUACUGCUCUGCUGUCACGUGUACAGGUCGAAUCAUACUUGUAUCAUCUACUAAAAGAUUGUUCUGGCAGCCAAACACAGCCUUGUUCUCUCCAACCCUUGAAAGAGGCCAUCAGCGUUCUGUUUAGCUUCACACGUAGAGUCCUGGAUGACACACAGUUCCAGACAGACGUCCAUCACUGGCUGGAGAGACUGGUGGCAGUCCUGCUACAUGUUGGAGGGUCAGGAGAGCACCUCUACUUGCUGUGCCAUCUUCUGUGCUGUCCUGCCGGGGUUGGCAAGUGGGCUGCACCCUUCCUUCAGAUUCAAGUUUGGAGGAACACCUAUGGAGUGCAGCACUUUAUGCAAGCUCUGGCCGUCCUAAUGUCGCCUGCCAAACACCGUGCAGAGUUUCUGGGACAUCUGAAACCAUGUGACAGCCAGAGCUCAGCAGCUUCUGGACCUGAGUCUGGCAACUGGACACUAGUGGAUGAAGGGGGAGAAGAGGAUGAGGACCCAGACAGCAGUUGGUUGUUGCUCUGUGAGGAGGAUCUGAUAUCACUGCUCACCCAGUUCCCAUUCCAGCAGCUCUAUUCACACAUGCUGGGGAUGAGCAAGCAGGGUGUUUAUGAACCCCAGGCCCAUUCCAGUCAGAAGAUGAUGCAUGUUUUUGGAUUUGCUUCCUCACUCAUCGAAAUUCUCGCUCUUGGACUGCAAACCUACAACAGGGCACGAUACAGACAGCUAGUCAAACGAAUAGGACACAUCAUACGAAUGACAGUGUGUUAUGUCAGUGAUCACUGGGCCCAGUAUGUGAGUUUAACUGGGGCUGCUGGAUCCAGCUCACACUCUCUGUCUUUGGACAAACUGCAGCUAGAAUACGACUAUCUCUUCCUAAGAGCUGUUUUACAUGUGCUCAGAAACAAAAGGCUGGGAAUUUGGUUGUUUAUGUCCGAGAUGCCGUAUGGGACUCUGUCCAGCUCUAUGCUGUGGAGGGUCCUUUAUGUUAUGCAGCGUGCAGAGACAGCAGGACUGGAAACACUCUGCACUGCUAGUGACACACUUUCCUGCAUUCAGGCACUUAGAGACCCAGAGCACCAAGAGAAGUUUGAGCACUGGCUGUGUGAAGUGAACAGCUCUGAUGGCAUCUCCCUCCUCACCGCGCUAGCACACAUGGCCACACCAACUCAGCACUCAGACCCUGCAUUCAUCACAACCAUAACUCUGCUGAUUUACCAGGUGUCUUAUGUGAGUGUGUCUACCAGAGAAACUUACUCUAAAGUGGGGCGGGAUUUGCUGGCAGCCAUAGCAACAGUCCAUCCCUACGUUAUCUCUGUGCUCCUGGAGAGACUGAGAGAGACCAUACAAACCGUAGGAAUGGUGGCUCUGUACUUGUGCAAAGAGCUACCUCUGAGUCUGUGGCAGCCCCAGCCACAGGAAAUAUGUGUGAUCGGAGCCUGGUUGCUCCAGCAUCCCCUGUCUGCUGUGGAGAACCGGCUAGCUUGUGUCAUACUGGAGGGUCUGAACUGGGGUUACACACAGGAUGGCUCCUUGGCCCUGUCUUCAUCUCUCCAUAGUGAAGUGGCUCUGCUGGUGGCUGAAGCCUAUCAGAAGUACCUUACUGACAAACCGUACAGUGGCCUCAUAUCAGAGGGAAUCAAACAGGUGUCUUAUAUUGCUAGUGUCCUUCGUUUGGGUGUAUCUCCUGAAGCAUCCUUUAGUCAGUGGGCAUGGCAGCUGUUGCUAAGGCUAAAGCUCCAUGGCAAUGCCCAGAACCCUAAAGGAGCCUGGUCAGUUCCUGCUUUGACGUCCAACCCACCUCCAGAGCUUACACACACUCCCAGCAUGCACUCUGUUAUCAGGGCUGUAAAAGCAGGAAUCCCUAUUGGAUGCUACCUGUCCAUUGCCAUGACAUCAGUGGGACAUAGUCUGGAACACUUUUGUACCGAUGGAGUUGGGUUGUUGAAGAGUUUGAUUCAGUCUCGCCACCUGAGAGCUGCUGUGCAUCUUCUGGACAACAUCCUACCCCCAACCUACCCUCUCAGCUUCUACCUGCUCAACAACUCUCAGUUUGUAAGUUGUAUCCAGUUGUUUUUGCAGUAUGACAGCGUGUGUCCUCAAGGUGUGACACAGCAGGUCACUCACCGGGUAGCACCACUCCUCACAGGAAACACCUAUGGAGACAAUGUCCGACUGCUGAACAGUGUCAUUCAGAGUCAUGUGGUGGAUAGUUCACAGCCCAGUCGUGUCGGUGCUGCAGCAGUGCUGGAGUUCUGGGUGGGGAUUUUGACUCAGCAGAACCUGUGGUACCGGGACAAAACAGUCCUGUUCCUCAUGGAUCAGAUCUGCUGUGCCGCAUUCACUCACCAUCAGGAGGAAUGCGUGCAGAAACUUCUGUACCAACAGCAUAAGAAUGCCUUGGGUUACCACGGAGAUCGGGGUCUACUCUCCUCUCUGGUUGGCUGGAUUGCUGGAAAUGCCACGCCCUCAUUCAUAGAGGGCCAAUCCCUGAGUGUGGAGGUUUGGUUCGCCUGGCUGGUGCUGAACAUGGAGGGCGUGUUUGAGGAAGAUUCUCAGCUGAGACGCUGUGUUGAACAUGAGCUCCUGUCAGAGCCCAACAUUUCCCCAGAACAAGCCUUAAAGAAGGCGCAGCAGAGGCUGAAGUUGCCGGUAGCACCAUCUCUGCAGCGGCUGCAGGUGUACCGCUGGGCGUGUCAGGCCUUUGCCACGCCUCCUGACCACCCCCUCCUUCCUCUGGUCUGGCAGAAGUUCCUACAGCUCUACCUCAGACAGCCAGGACCUGAGUUUGGGCUGGCUGCAGGUGGAUGUAUUGGCCGAAGGUUCUUCCAGGCCUCUUCUCAGGCCGCUUUACUCAGAGACCUGAGACAGCGAAUACAGGAGGUGUCUGACUUUCACCAUGCUGCCAGCCAGGCCCUCAGGGUGCCCCCACCACACACGCCUUCACCAGACAGCCAGGGCGACGAAAGCCCAGACAAUCCCCGCCCCCCUUACCUAACUUCUCCUCAGCUACACACAGAGCUGGUCAGGUUGUUUGGUGUAUUUGCCGUGUGGUUGGAUGAUGAGACUCUGCAGAAGCAAGAGGUGUACCUUCCCUCUCUUCCUCCCGAGUAUGAACCACACAGACUGGCACAGGUCAUGCAGCGGCAGCAGGAACUGUGGCUGGAGUAUGUGGACCAGGAGCGUCUGCAGUAUGAUGAGAGAGAGGUUCUCUCUCUGUGGGAAAAGGUGCAGAGUGAGCCAACCUUCUUGCAGGCCCAAAACCCUGGCUUCAUUGACUACACCAGUCUCAACAAUGCAAGGGAGCGUAUACUGUCCAACCUGCAGAAGCACCCAGUUCCUCGUCCACCUCCAGAGCUGCUGCAGCAGAAGGCUCCGGUAGCUGAAGUUCCCACCUCCUGCCUCACUGACUCUAAAGCUGCUGCUGAAAUGGUGCAGCAGGACCUUAGCAUCCUGCAGGACCAGGCCAGGAUUGCAGUGGCACGCGAAGCCCAGCAGGUGGCGAUGGAGCAGGAGCUGCUGGAGAGCCUUCCUCUACUGUAUAAGAACCAACCAGAGCAAGUCACCAUGGCUCUGGAGUGUAAAGGGAAGGGAGGGCAGCCGUGCCAGGGACCGGCGAACAUCACUGUCACAUGUGAGCGUGUCCAGAGACAGGAGGCAGUGCAGACUCAGAUAACGUCACUGCGCAGGGACAUCAAGAAGCUUCAAACCGAUUCCAUGGCUUCUCCACCUCAAAGCCUGGCCCAGGCUGCUGUCCACACAGAGAACUUUAUCACGGCUCUGGUGAAUAUGUACAAGGCACAGAAAUCACCAGCAGUGCAGCAUGUUGGCGUGUCUGCCUUCUAUCAGGUGGUCUCUUAUGUAUGUGAAGACACACUGCGACAUCCCCCAACACGCCAGUACCUCUCGUCGUGUGUGGAGAUUCUGGGACAGGUGUUUAUCCAGGGCAAUGCAGAGGAAUGCGGCCGUGUCCUGAAGACUAUCCUGGAGCACAGGCGUCUUUGCCCACUCAUUUCCCCCUUCUUCACUCCCAACGCAGCACCCAGUCAGCUUGUCUUUCUCUACCAAGACGUGGUGACAUCCUUACACAUUGACAGUACUGAUGUCAUUUUCAUGCUGCUCACAAAGUUUGACUUGUCCCAGUGGCUGAAUGAAGCCCAUCCUGUGUUUUCGGAGAGAACCCGUUUGCUGGAGUUGGUCCACGGAGCUCUCUGCGUCUGCGGCCAAGACCCUGACCCUGAACUUCUUACACCUUUUCACCUUUUCACCAAACACUGGACCUGGCUUUUACGCCACCAUUUCCCUGAUCACUACAGUGACUGCCUGCGUCUGCUUAUGACCAGCUCCUCAAACCAGUUACUGAGUCCAGAGUGCUGGAAGGUGACUCUGCGAGUGCUGGGCUGCUUACCUCCAUCCCGCAAUACCAAGAGCAAAGCUGAACAAGCCCUCAGCACCACUGAUGUCUCCGGUCAUGCUGUCGGACCCCCAGCUUCUGCCUACAGGUCCCCCAUCAGCCUCUCCCCUCAGCAGGUGGAUGAGACAGUUGAUUGGCUGAGUGAUUACUUCCUGCGGAGUCGUCUCAGUAAGCAAGACCUCCGCAGCUUCGGCCUCUACUCAGCCUGGACUCCCUACAUUAGUGAGGUUGUUUCCUUCUGGGACCAUUUGAUUGGUUGUCUAAUCAACGUGCAGCUCAGCAGCUGUGCCAGAGAGUCAGUGGGCAGCAGCAAAGUAAUGAAAGCUCUGCAAGACCUACACAGUAAGAUUGUGAAGUUGUUUAAGCCUUGGAUCUUUCCUCUGGACACCGAUGAUGGCGGUAACCUCAAGUGUUACCCCUGGCUGGAGACAGAUGCGAGUGCGGCAGGAUGUCUGGUUGGCCUGUACGCUCAACUCACUGACACACUGCAUCACAAAUUCAGAGAUCGUCUGCUCCCCGGCCAGAGAGGUGCACUGUGGCUGUGUAUGAUGCAGUACUGCGAGAGCUGCACCUCUCCCCGUACACCCGAGUACCUUCUCUACCUGUACCACACACACCUCCGCAGCUUGCUCUGGAGACACCUGCACCCUGACACUCAGCUAAUGGAGCAGCUUUUCAGUGUGGAGAGAGGAAGUCCCAAGAGUUGCUUCCUCUUUCUUGGAGAGGUGUUAUGUGAAGUUAACUGGGUCAGCGUCCUAAGUGACCACUUACAGACGCCCCCCACCUCUACAACAUAUCCAACUCUACCAGACAUGGGUACUCAGAACGAGUCACACACCAUGUUAGUCUAUCUACUAUACAUGCUAGUUUUUCUGGCAAAGGAGGAACAAAUCCUGAGUCAGCAGGACUCACCUCUACUCAGUCUAUUGGUCCAGUCCACCUCUCUGCCCUGGCACCAUCUGGACCUGUCCUCAUACCAGGGCAUUCUGGGAUAUGUCAGCACCCACUACCCUCCCUCCUUGCUGCUCAGUGCUGAUUCUGCGCCUCAGCUGCUGCUGAAAUCACUGCGUAGUGCUGCUGGGCUCCACCCCUACCCUAAUGAAGUUCCACACAGGGAGGAGACGCUGAAGGCUGAAGCAUAUAUGUGCUGGUGUGUGCAGUCUUUGGUGACUCUGGAGCAAGGAGGCAGCAUCGGCCUCAGCAGCCUGGAGGCUCAGCUGGAGACACUCCUGGAGAGCGUUGUCACAUUCAACCCACCAGAGACUGGUUUGGAGCAGAGGCACAUGGCGUUCUGCAGUCUGUUCAGCAAUGCUCUGGCUUUGCUGAAUGGAGUCGGUGUCUCAACAGGCGAGGCAUUAGCUGCUCAUGUUAUUACCUGGCUGGACAGGAAGGGGAGGGGCUUUCCUAUUCUGCCUCUUCUCACGGCUUGCUCCCGCUGUCUAGCAUCAGUACGGCACAUGACGCGCAUCAUGGAGGCAUGCAUUACAACAUACUUCAACCACGCUGAGGAGGAGUCUGUAGGUUGGGGUCCUGUGUUGGCAUCGCUGCAGGUGCCAGAGCUCACAGUGGAUGACUUCCUCUCUGAGAGCCAAUCAGGAGGCAGCUUCCUAACGCUCUAUGCCUUCAUCCUGCAACGCCUCAACACUGAAUACACAGCAGCCAAUGAGAGAAGGUCUCUGGCUCUAAUUAACACAUGGACAAAUCAGGUCUUCCCCAGUGGUCCAGGUGAUGAAGCCAAGCUGUUUCUUUGGUGGCACAAAGCGCUGAAUCUGUCAGCGGAGCAGCUGCAGCCGCAGGCAAGCCAGACUGAAGUGUCAGGCGUCGUCAUGGGUCUGUUGAGGUUGCAAACCAGGCUGCUUCAGCUGGGAGAAGAAAGACUGAACUCUGGACUGUUAGGAGCUAUAGGCCUGGGAAAGAGGUCUCCUGUUUCUAAUAGGUUCAGGGUUGUGGUACGCAGUCUGGCAGCAUUCCUGUCAGUCCAGCUUCCAUCAGAGACCGAGCUUCGACUCCAACCCACCAGUGACUUGCAGCUCUCUGCCAAAGCACAGCAAACGUUGGGGAUGCUGGAGGCCAUGCCCAGCAACAAGCAGUACGCUGAGUUAGAGGACACUGUGAAUAAAGCUGUCCAGUUCAUCCGCUACCCAGGACACUGUCUCAAAGAUGGACCCCGACUGCUGGCCCUGCUAGCCAACCUCCUAUACCCUGACCUCAAAUACCUACACAUUAUCCGUUAACUAUGACCUGACACUCAUGCAGAUGAUCCGAGAAGAUGUUCGUCUUCUGUGGCAAACACAGUAAACCUUUGUUCUGCAUGGAGAAAAUCUUUCUGGAGCACAAUCUAAAGUGGUGACACUGGUAUUGAAUCCCUAUUGCUAUUAUAUAAGCGAGAGUUACAUGUCUGCUCAGCGAGGGCUUUGUGUGACAGAAACUGACUGUUCAUCACAGCUCGGUGUGCAUUCGUGAAAAAUACUUUUUGACUGAAGCAUAAGAAAUGUUAUAUGCUAACCUCUAAUCUUUCUAAUGCUUUCACCUCUCAUGUUUAUACCUUGUUGCUUUUUAUUAGUGAUGCACCAAUUGUGAAAUUCUGGGCCGAUACCGAUGUUUAAAAUAACAAUUUGUCCAAUAUCCAAUGCUGAUUCCAACAUUUUUUUUUUGUUGUUGUUGUUGUUUUUCUUUAUUUAUGCCCCCUUUUGUGCCAGGGAAACAAAGAAAUCUUCAUUAUAAGAAAAUAACAACUGUUUUAAAGUCACUCAGCCCGCCAUUACACUAUCUUUGAAUGAGCACUUUUUAUAUAACUUGCCUGUUGGUCUUCAACACAUCUGUUCUAUUCUAUUAGAGAAAGUUGCACAUAGUUAUUGAAGCAGAAUUCAACAUUGGGCUUCAGGUGUGAGUUUCACACCUGUAUCUGCAAUCUAACAGAAAAAAGUUGAAGGGUCCACAGAUUAUUGGGAAGAAGUUGAAGGACAUAUCUAAUAGGCCUAUAUGUUUAGUGGUACCUUCUUAAAAUGCGGUGGAGAAAUACCAGGAAACUGGUAGACGGGUCAAUGCCUGAUACAACUCCUUAUGUCAGCUUUUGAUGCUAGCAUCUAGCUACAAUCUGAAAUCUCUCAAUCUUGCUAUAGUACACAUACAGAUGAAUAGAGUGGUUGCCUGUAUGAAGUGAUUAUGUUUAGUAACAGAACAUUUGCCAGUAUUAUUUUUAUGUCUAGCCAGAAGUGCUUUCCUUGUUUCUGCCAAAGAGAUGUUAUUUUCAUUUGCUCAUCUGCUUAAAUCUUCUUGACCAUGUACUCUGGUUGUUUCAUCUGUCUCUGUUAGGUGCAAAAACCGCAGUCUGAAAAAGCACACGCACUAGAAGAUACACUAAGUACCACUUACACUGUGCCACUCCACUUGGCUUCCUUAUAAAGUAGUGUAUGCAGUGUAAUACAAGUUACUGCCGCCGUUGGUGUUACUAAAACAGCAGGGACGUCAUGUAACUGGACUUUUAUAUGCAAAUCGUGGUACAUAUUGGUUAUUUGUGGAUAAAGGCAGAUUGUAAUUCAGAUUUAUCAGACCUCUGUACUGUACAUCCAAGAUAGUUUUCACAUUUUAAUUACCCGUGUCAGUUCACUUCUGUUGCUCUGUGCCAUCUUAAUAAUAAUCGUGCCGCACUGCUGCAGCCUGAA